AUGUCAUCAACUAAUGAUCAACAGAAAACUGAACAACAACCAAAGCAAAUGAUGUGCGGUGGUCCCGGUACUCGUGCACCCCGUCACGUCUAUACAUGUGUGAUUAAAAAUAAGACAAAUGAAGAAUUAACAUGUGAAGUUGAAUAUCGUGGAAUAGACGAUAAACACACCGAAGUAUUAAAUGUACAAAUACCUAAAGGUGAAGAACAAAAAAUUAAUGAAAAAACAUUUGAACAUGAUAGUGGUACAUCGACGGGACGAAAAACUGUGCACAGAAUACAUGUUAAAAAAUAUGAUGGUAAAACAAUAGAAAUAAAAGAACCAUUUGAAAAUGUUACAUCACCCCAACAAAACUGGGAAUUUCACAUUAAUGACAAUGAAAUUAAAUCUGUUAAUCCAAAUCAAUAA